UACACUAAUACUUUUCUAGGAUGUGGAAGCACAUGAGCUAAAUGUGACGUAGAACUUAACUCAGUUGAGACUUAUCAACUAAGCCUGUCAAUGUCUUUCAUUCUUGUUUAAAAUCCAGUUUUACAGCAAGCAGGCUGAAAGAGGAUGUCUGUAUCAUUCCGUAGGAUCGGACGAUGGGUCUGGACAGUUUUUUUUCUGCUGGCCUUUCUGGUCUCCUCCUUCCUGUUCUACAGUUCCCCAUCCGAUUGGGUCGCACUCCUGGCUAAGAAUUUCAAUUUGCAGUCAAGGGAAGUGAUUGUGCUGGUCUGGCACUGGCCCUUUGGACAUCCAUUUGAGCUGACAGCUUGUGGCUCAAGGUUCAACAUCCAUGGCUGUCAUCUAACAGCUGAAAAGGAGCUCUUCAGCAAAGCUGAUGCUGUUCUCAUCCACCACAGAGAGAUAGCCACGGAUUGCUCUAAUCUGCCUACGUUCCCCCGACCCCCCUCCCAGAAAUGGGUGUGGAUGAAUCAUGAAUCCCCCUCUAACACAGAAGAAAUUGCGUGCCUGGAAAAUGUCUUCAACUUGACCCUCAGUUACAGACAGGAUGCAGAUAUCCACAUGCCUUAUGGAUCCAUCGUCAUGACAGAGAAGAGGCCAACCGUCAUCCCCUUCAAAAAGAGACUGGUCUGCUGGUUUGUCAGCAACUGGAAACCGCAGCAUAAAAGAGUGUGGUAUUACAAGGAGUUACGCAAUCACAUCCGCAUUCACACAUAUGGGCUCCCUUUUGGCAGAAAGGUCACUGAGAGUGACUACAGGCUCAUUGUCUCCAGUUGUAAGUUCUACUUGUCCUUUGAGAACUCCAUACACACGGACUACAUCACAGAGAAACUCUACAAAGCCCUCAAGUUGGGUUCCGUUCCUAUAGUGAUGGGCCCAUCCAGACAGAACUACGAGAAGUUCAUCCCCGGAGACGCCUUCAUCCACGUGGAUGACUUUGAGUCUCCCUUGGGCCUAGCCAAACACCUCCAGCACCUGGACCAGAACGAGCACAGCUAUCGUGGGUUCUUCCGGUGGCAGAAGGACCAUGAGGUGAGCCUCACUGGCAUCCCCCUGCAGAACGCCUGUUACACCUGCGACUAUAUCCGACGCCAUCCUGAGCGUCGGACCAUCAAGCAACUCUACAAAUGGUUCUGGGACGACACAGAAUUGAGCUGAGAUGGGACACUAGAGGUCAAAACGUUUCCAGGUGACGAAACAUGAAUGCCCCCAAGUCAAAUAUGUGGAAUCCUAUUAAAUCAAACUGUACUAACUAAUCCUGGCACAGAUGUAUGUUCUUGUUGGACUGAAUACACUUGGAGCAGUUUCAUGACAUACGUAUUUGACUGAACACAGUGAACAGGAAUGUUUGAAGUAGGAACCUAACCUACAAAAGCUUUUAGCAAUAGAAGGAUCUAGCAUGACGACAAUGCAAAGGUCAAUUCAGGUAGUGUUUACCUAGGUAAAGCUGCCUUAUCAUGUUUUGACAAAGCCACAUAAGCGGGAGAAAGUUUUUCAUUAUUAGUGCUGUGGCUGUCAGUAGGGGGCACUCUAGACCCACCAUACACUGUGCAUUUUCUGGACAGACAAUACUCCAUUUCAUAAAUCGCCAUUUCAAAAGCAUGAAAUUAAUAUUUAUGUAUGUGGGAAAAUGAAUCCCAUUUGUCAUAUAAAUGAAAAAUGGGCUCAAAUUAGAGGUCGGAGACAUGGUGGAGAUUAUCGUGUUGCUUAAUGCUUAAUUGGACCCAGCUACUAAUUAGCUUGGCUUUUAUCAUCCAACUUAUGAACAGCUCCCGAUUUCCUCAACUUCUGAAAAUGUUGACAAUGAAGUGUGGGCCCUGGAAAUGAAUUUAAAGUUGUUGUA